AUGGUCGUUGUUUACUCCCCUACUUCAACAUCAGAAGAAGCCACAUGUGACGAAUUUUACUCGAACUUGGAAGGAGUUCUCUCUGAAAUACCGAACCGGGAGAUCACAAUGCAUCACCCGAGACGGCUUUACGCAUGGAUAUCUCCUGACGACCGCUGCCGUAACCAGAUUGACUAUAUACUGAUUAGUAGUCGCUGGAGAUCAUCAAUAACAAACGUGAAAACCUUCCCGGGAGCUGAUUGUGGAUCCGACCAUAGUUUGUUGGUUGCUAAGUUUGCCCUGCGCCUCAAAGCAAUAAAGAAAAAGUGCCUCAAACCUAUGUGUAUGCUAACGCCCGCAGAACAAAAGCAGGUCCAAUGUCCACUUGACGAAGCGAUUGUUCAGACAUCUCCAUUAGCAAACUUGGACUCGGACGAACAGUGGAGACACCUAAAGGACCAGAUCAAUGAGACAUUCGAAAAGGUUAGCAACAAGCACCCUCUUAAACCCUGCCCUAAACAGACCUGGAUGUCAGAUAAGACCUUGAAACUCAUACAGGAUAGGAAGGAGCUUAGAAGCCGUGGGUUAUCAGAUCCAGCAGACAGAGUAAAGUACUCCUAG